GGAUAUAGAAAUCAUAUAAAAGGAUUGAUUUAGUAGUGUUCCGCAAGCCAUUUGGCUUUCCUUUGCUACUUGUUGGUGCUGCAUUGGACAUCACCCUUCCUUCAAAGAUGAGCUGCCAAAAGGGUUGCCACCUGACAAAGAUCUACCUUUCAACUCCUGCCACUGUGGUGAAGGGUAUUCCCUUCAAAGCAGUAAGAAGGUUGGUGAAUGGCAUUAGCAAUUUUGCUAAUGCCCCUCUUGUGGCUCCAUAUCUGUAUUCAUAUGCAAAUGAAGGGAAUCCUCAGGGAAACCCCACCUGUUUCAACCGGGACAACAUUGAUGUGGCACAGAAUCCCAGGCACAAGGGUCCGUGCUGUGGGGAAGUGACCAAGUGCAUGACCUCAUGUGCGGACCCAAGCUGCUGCGAAGGGAUCAAGGGCAUCACUAAAUGCAAGGACUCAUGCUCAGAAGAACUGUCAAAGGACAGCACCAUUUACUUGAAUCUGGGCAAUAUUGAUGUAUCACAGACUCCCAGGAAUACGGAUCACUGCAAUGAGGAAGCGACCAAGUGCACCACCUCAUGUGCGGACCCAAGCUGUUGCGAAGGGAUCAAGGGCAUCACUACAUGCAAAGAUUCCUGCUGUGAAGGAGUGACCAAGGGCACCACCAUUUAUUUGAACCCGGGUGAUCUUGAUUUGAUGCAGAAUCCUGGGUGUGAGGAUCCGUGCUCUGAACAAGUUGCCAAGUGCACUACAAUUUACUUGAACUUGGGUAAUAUUGAUCUAACACCGUGCGCAUUUCCGUACUGUCUGGAAGUGACCAGGUACACCAAUGCAUCUGGGGACCAAUGCUGCUGGAAAGUGACCGAGGGCACCAGCAGAAGUGAAGAUUUGUCCUGUGAAGAUGUGACCAAGGGCAAUACCAUUUACUUGAACCUGGGCAAUAUUGAUGGGUCCCAGACUCCCCAGUGUGCUGAUCCAUGCCACAAGGAAGGGACUAAGUGCCACACCAUUUUCUUGAACUUGGGUAAUAUUUGUUUGACACCAACUUCCCAGUGCACGGACCAAUGCUGUGAAGAAGUGACCAAGGGCAACACCAUUUUCUUGAACCUGGGCAAUAUUGAUGUGUCCCAGAAUGCCGGGAGGACUGAUCAGUGCUGUGGAGGCGUGACCAAUGGCAACACCAUCUUUGUGAACCUGGGUAACAUUGAUGUAUCCCAGAAUGCCGGGAGGACUGAUCAGUGCUGUGGAGGCGUGACCAAUGGCAACACCAUCUUUGUGAACCUGGGUAACAUUGAUGUGUCCCAGAAUGCCGGGAGGACUGAUCAGUGCUGUGGAGGCGUGACCAAUGGCAACACCAUCUUUGUGAACCUGGGUAACAUUGAUAUUUGAUGAAGUAACUGCAUGUCUCUGUGAGGGUCUGCAUUUGGAGGCUCCCAUGAUGACAGCCUCAAGGUGACCCUACUCUGCAGCGCCAUUGCCUUGGGGGUGGAGUCUCCGAAGCCUAAGGAAUGAAAAUGGUUUACUGAACCCUGUACUUGUCAGUGCCUUCCAUCUUCGCUUUCCUAGUGCCCUUCCUGCCCUCGGAAGAGUAAAUCCUCCGGUGGUUUCUUAUCGUGCUCUGCUGAAUUUCUGCUGUAUUUAAUCAAAGAACAAUGCCUUUCCUUGUAAUACAUAACUAAGUGAUUUUAUGACCCCUUGAAUAUUAUCUGGGAGAGAUAUUCUGUAAUUCCUCUUUGUACUGAUGUGGCUGGGGGAAUUUCCCCCUUUGUUCUUUCCUGACAUCUUGUUCUUUUUUCUUGUUAGAAACAAUAAUAAAACCCCUACUUUUGGCAUCA